UGGCCUGGCUAAAUCGUCAUCACUGACAUAUUUAUGGGCUAACACACAAGCAAAUUUAGAGCGUUAAAAUUGCAUUUAUGACUAAGGGGUUCAUAGCAUUUCUCUUGACAUUUUUCUCGUUAGUCGGAAACUGCAGGUGGCUCGUAAUGUUUCGAUCCAAUUGGAAGAAACGCCUGCUCAGUGUGAUGCCGCAAUCGGGUUUCGGGCAGCCGUCUGUUAGCCAUGCCCUUAUCGUGACAUUCCUGCAUUACUUCUCUUGGGGCCUGCUGACUGUGCCCUCUAUGGUGAAGUUGAGCGAAAAAUUUGCGGAGAGAGCCUUCCUCAUGGACGGUUUGAUCUAUGGGAUCAGGGGAACGCUGGCGUUCAUCGUGGCCCCACUGAUGGGUGCCGUCUCCGAUAUUUGGGGACGCAAGCCGCUGAUGUUGAUGGCCGUGGUGGCCACCUACUCGCCCAUUCCAAUGCUAAUCAUCAAGGAUUGGUGGUUCUUUAUCACAAUCACGAUCAGUGGUGUCUGCGGCACAGUCUACUCUACGGUGCUGGCCUAUGUGGCUGAUGUUACCGCUCAGGAGGAGCGUUCGAAGGCCUUUGGUCUGGUCGCGGCCACAUGUGCAGCUGCCAUGGUCCUCUCACCUGCAUUGGGCAGCCUCCUAAUGGACAAAUAUGGACUCCCUGUGGUCGUAUCUCUUGCGGCAGCCAUUGGUCUGAUUAACAUCCUGUUUAUAUGGGCCGCAGUGCCGGAAAGUCUGGAACAUGAUCAUGCCACAGACACGGCUUACGCUGGAGCACAUCCAUUCGUGGUUCUGCGAGAGUUGCGCAAGGACAAGACUUUGCUCCUCAUCUGCCUGAUUGUUUUUCUCUCCACCUGGCCCGAGGCGGGUGAGGAGUCGUCUGUCCCACUCUACCUAACGCUGAAUAUGGGCUUUGGAAAUGUGGAAGUAUCCGUGUUGGUUGGUCUUGUGGCAGUGCUCGGCAUCAUGGCGAAUGUGACGCUGGGCCUCGUAAUGAACCUCCUGGGAGCUAGGGGGGCCAUCAUCACCGGCCUGGUCCUGGAAAUAUGCCAACUUCUGCUGUACGGAUUUGGUAGACACAAAUGGAUGAUGUGGAUGGCUGGAAUAAUGGCGGCCACGGGCACCAUCACGGAAUCCUCCUGCUGCGUCUUUUCAUCUAUGCGCACCCAUCCCCAGAAUCAGGGAGCUGUUCAGGGUCUGAUCUCGGGCAUGAUGGACUUAUCCGAGGGCCUGGGACCAGCCAUCUUUGGAAUACUCUUUUAUGUCUGCAACCUGGAUACGAAUGGGCCUCAUAAGAGCCAAAUUGGGCUACCAUUUGUAGCUGGUGCCAUAAGUGUGCUACUGGCCCUUAUUUUAGCCAAAUUAAUAGUGGAAGAUGUGGACAAGCAAAAGGUAUACAAGUCCAAUGGAAUAGAUGACGAAAUGAAACCAUUGUCGGGAGGAAACUCCAUAAUCUGUUAAGGAAAAAUAAAUAAAAUUU